CGUUAUGUUCGUUUCGACGCUGACGGAAAUUAGGUUAUGACAGUUUGGUGCUGUCUUCCCUCCCUGCGUUUUUGGGAGCAGCAGUGAGCAGUCGGAGUCAGUCGCUCGUGAGUCGUUUAUUGGGACACGCACGUCUCGCUGGGUUUCGGAAGCUGGUACGGCCACAGUCACAGCCAUCCCGUGCCGUGAACAAGCGCACGCUUUAGGCGGUAUUGUGCAGUGCAGUUCCCUGACACAGUUGAGAUAGAGCGAGCGAGAGCGAUCGAAAAUAGUGUACGUGUGUCUGUGUGUGUGUGUGCGAGUGUGUAUGUGUACGUUCGAAUUCGAAGGAAGCUGCCCGAACGAGACACAAACAGCCAGGAGAGCAGGAAUGAAACACAAGUGAGCGAGAGCAAGAGAGAACGAAUGGAGAGAAAAGUGUGAUUGAAAAGUGCUAAAAUUUUACUACAUCUAUAAGCGAAACCCAAAAAAAAAAUAACACCUCGUAUUUCAUACCCGCCACCUGCUGUACAUACAAAAAAAAAAAACACCGAAAAUAGUGAACAUUUUUAUAGCUCAACAACAACCCCAAAGUUGAUGUCAUUUGCUAGAAAGCAAGCAAUCGAACCCAAACGACAACAAUUUUCCUUCUCCUCAUUCAAACGUUAGCGUAAUAUAAUACAGUGAAAAUCUCCCCUCCCCUAACAGUCAGUCAAAAAAAGGCAUCCCAUUUUGAGAACACAAAACACGAAAGCUUCGAAAGAACGUUGAAAGACGUUUUGUGGUAAAACUAAAAGGGUUGGCAGAAAGUAAAACGGGGGCCAAAACGGUGCCAGCAGGCAAAAACCCCGGCUAGAGAGCGGCCACGGUGCGAAAAAGACACACUCACGCGUAAGACAAAAUGGGAGCUAAGGGUAGCGUAGAGGCUGCCAAGAUGAACGCCGAUGGCUGGGGCCACUUCGAGCGUGGCAGCCGUCACUACAGCCACAGACAUAAUCAGCGGUCCCAGUCGUUGAACCGAGGCCAAGCUCUUUCACGAGCCGAUGUCAGUGGGAUGUGGUGA